AUGUAUUCUGUUGAUGAAUGUACUUCAUCAUCCACUUCUGCAUCGCAUAAACAAUCCAAACCCGACAGUGGCACGGCAGCUGCACGAAAUAAUGAUGCUUUGAGUAGAAAGCGUACGGCAGCACGGCAGCUUCCACGUAUCAUGCUACAUCCAAGCGUUCCGCAAGGAGGCGGUACAAUGAACAGUUUAACUGCAAAUGAUUUCUCGCAAGAGGAUUGUGAAAGUAAUGCGAAAAAACGUUCACGAGAUGUUGGAGCAGCACCUGGUGAUGUGACUUUAUCAGAACUGAGUGGCAGUCAAUCCAAAAGUCCACUUUGUUACGCUAAGAAUUCCACAAAGAAAAAUCGAACACGGCCAGAAGUAAAUAACACUAUCGUUUGUGGUUAUCAGUUAGUUGGUGCUGGGAAAGAACUUGUGGCGUAUCACAUCGAGAAAAAAAUUGUAAAAACUUGUCAGCCUAUCGACAAUGAGCAAUAUAUGAAACUGUUAUCAAUCGCAAGUCGUCUGAAUGAAGCCAAAAAUUAUUGGAAAUAUGAAGAUUUGGAAGAGAUGAGAGAAUUUGUUUUGCCCUCAGGAACGGAAGUAUGUACGGAUAAUAAUGGCCAGCGUUUUAUGUUUUCCAACUGGCAGUAUGGUACUCUGCACAGUAAGGUUCAAGCGGGAAAAAUUAAGCUUUCAGAAAGCGAAGCAUUUUCAUUGUUUUCAAAAAUUGUCAGGGGAAUUGCUUUUUGUCAUGCCUGCGGAAUUGUUGUACGUGAUGUUAAACUACGAAAGACACAACUGAGAUUACGAGAUGUAUUUGAUGUUUUUGUUUGUGAGGAUAUCAAAGAUGAUCGAUUACGUGAUAGACAUAGUUGUCCAGCAUAUGUUGCUCCUGAAAUAUUGAAGGAUUCUCCUGAGUAUGCCGGUCGUCCUGCUGAUAUUUGGGCACUAGGAGUUCUGUUCUAUGUUUUACUAUUCGGAAGUUAUCCUUUCAAUGACGCAACACCCCAAAGAUUGUUUUAUCGAAUUCUGAAGGCAAAAUUUAGUAUUCCACCACAAAUUCCAGUAUCACAAACAGCACGUGUUUUAAUUUUUGGCAUGUUGCGAAAAGAACCGUCAGAACGUCCAACCGCUGAACAACUUCUCUAUGUACCAUUGGAUGAGCAGUAUUUGGAUGACUCUAAUGUUAUUUCGUUUCGUUCUAUUUUGCCAGGUUGGCUGGAAAUACCAUCUCGUGUUACGCUUCUUGGCGUAACUAAUAAUCCAGCUUUUGAAUUUGCACGACGAAUCAUGAAGAUGAACAACGAUAGUGGAGAUCAGGUGGUGCCAGCUUUCUCAUCGGCAAUACGUAACGUUCAACGGCAUUUGCAAAUAAUGCGCGAUGUUAUGGCUGACUCUUCUUUGGCCACAGUGGUUACUGAAGAAAAUGUCGACGAAUCGCCUUCCUCAUCGUUACAUUCUACUCCUGUUAUUACUACAAUCACUGCAAUUGUUGGUAAUACAUCUUCCGGCACAUCUAGAAUAGCAUAG